AUGGAGCAGGCCAACAGAUUCAGGCCUUCCCUGCCUUCAAUCUCCAGUCUCAUCGAAGCAGUCACGGAGCGGUCUGAAAAAGGAAAUGCCUCCUCUCCAACUUUCGGUGCCUCUCGAAGGAUUUCUGGAGGCUCACAUGGCCAUGGAAUAAGCCCGGAAAGACCACAACUAUCAGGAAGUCCACGAAGUCUUCCUCCACCGACACCAGAACUACCGCCGCCCUCGAGAUUCGACUUGCCCCGACCCUCCCCCACCAACACUUCGCCCAGCUCAGGCCCCAACAGGAGCAGUUAUCAUUCAAGCACGAAUCCUGAGUUGUAUGCUCAACGGCCAUCAACUGGCGCCGCUGUCGCUGAACCAACUACUCCAUAUCCACCAUCAAGUGAUUCGACAUCAUGGCCAUCUUCGCACCUUCCAAGACUCGCUGCUGAAGUUGUGCAACCAGACCAGCCACCGAGGCCCCAAGCACCUCCCUCAAUCGAGCCUCGUCCGGCAGAGGGACUAGGAUACAGUGCUCUCGCUCAACAACGGCCUCUACCAACAGAUUUCCCUGGCCCAAUGCCUGGUAUGGGAAUGCCAACAAUCGACCCUUCAGUGACGCCAGUGUGGCAACUUCCUCGCUACUAUCCCCCGGUUCACAACUCAUACCCUCACAACCACGAGCGCUACAUCUGCCCAACUUGCCACAAACCAUUUUCCCGGCCGAGCUCAUUGAAGAUCCACACUUACUCACACACGGGCGAAAAACCUUAUCGGUGCAAGUACGACGGGUGCGGGAAAUAUUUCAGCGUAAGGAGUAACAUGAAGCGGCACGAGAAGGGAUGUCAUGGAGGUGAACCUGCAGCAGCGAGAGGCUCUUCGACGCGCGCAAGCUACUAA